GCCGUGUGGAACGGCUGUGCUCUAAAAUGCUCUCUGCUGGAAACAGCGUAUCGGCCCCAGGCCGAGGAUCGUCGACCCCGUUUUUGAAUGAAGAUGCAAGCUACAAAGUUGUCCUCCCGCGUCUACCAACCGGUAACGAUGUUUUGAAUUCUGUUUUCCUUCAUGCGGACUUGAGUGGCAGACCAUACCGUGCUCCCGACUUCCGAGACGCUCUGCUUGAGGUAGUGAAUACUUCAGAUAUUGUAGGUGUCGGACAGUAUCAAAUGAGCCAUGUAUGGAUGGUUACUUGCGCUAGUAGUGCGGCAAAACAGACUCUCGUCGCCUGUGGUGAGCUCCGUGUCAAAGGGCUGAAGUGCAUGGUGAUAGAUCCGGAAACUAAAAACAUCAAGCUUAAAUUACUAUGGCUUCCACCUCACCUUGAACCACGACGCGUUGAGGAGGCGUUCCAGGCCUAUGGUCAGGUGAAGUCGGUGGAGAGAGAAGCAUGGAGAUGCACUGGCAUGGAACAGUGGGUGACAACAAACCGGGAGGUUUCCUUGGUGCUCAAGGACACUAUCACCGUAACCUCAAUACCGCACAUUAUGUCCAUUUAUGGACACCAGUGCCUCGUACUUAUCCCCGGUAGGCCUCCUCUGUGCCUGUGUUGCAAGCGCGUGGGACACGUUCGACGACAAUGCAGAACACCGAGAUGCUUACAGUGCCAUCGAUUUGGUCACUCAGCGGACGCCUGCGUGUCCACCUACGCCAAUAAGCUUCGUUCUGGGCAAUAUAGCGCAGACGAGCCACAACUGGACCACCUCAUGGAUUCUACAGAGGUAGUAGAUGCCACCGGAGAGACUACAGGUGGCAUUAGGGACGAGGACCAGGAGACCUUGAAGCCAAUGCCAACCAGUCAUAACAGCUCAAGUAAGACUAGCGAAGCUUCCGGCGAGGAUGACUCAGUUUGCCCACCUGGCCUAGCAAGCCUUAAAGAAAAGCCCCCUGAUGACAAGGAAGAAGAGGAAGAGGCGAUGGACAUCAGCAAGGCCAGGAAACGUCCGGCACCAUGCAAUGACGAAGCAACAGAAUGUGCACUACCGGCGCCCGAGAAAGUGUCUCCUAGUGCUCAGCAAACUCCCUCUCCUGGUGAUAAUGUGCCCCGCCGGUUAUAUCAGCGUAGUCAGGAGAGUGGCACAAAGAAGCCCAAAGGGAGCAAGACCACAGAUUUACCUGUGGCCAAGGGCAAUGAAAUACAAAAACUUUAGGUGAGCAAAAUGGCUAACGCCUUCACCCUCCCUUUAUGUGUAGCGACACUCAACGUACGUGGGCUGAGGAAUAUAAGGCGUCAGCGGCAGUUACUACACGUGCUUAGGCAGCAUGAAGUUGAUGUUGGUGCAGUGCAAGAGACAAAGAUAUCGUCUGCUGGUGAUGUCAACCUUGCGCUGCAAACUUUUCAACCUGAUUACGAGGUGUGUAUUAGCCAAGCAUGUGGUGCUUCCGCUGGAUGCUUUUUGUUAGUCAGAAAGCAGUUAAAUCAUUCUUCAUUGUCGCUGCGUGUUGAUGGGGAAGGCCGCCUUAUAUGCUGUGACCUCUCUUUUCAUUCCCGUAAUUGGCGAUUCAUUUGCGUUUAUGCUCCCUCAAAAGUGAGUGACAGGAAGGCUUUCUUCCUCUCACUUGCUCCGCUCCUAGAUACUGACAGAGAUUUGGUACUGUUGGGAGACUUCAACUGUGUUUGUCAUUCCAGAGACCACUCAUACCUAACUAAUCGUUAUGAUGCAAGUGCUGCUUUCCUGCAUCAGUUAACGGAAGAUCACAAUCUAAUAGACGUGGGCGCCUACACCCCAUCUUGGGUGCGGUUCACGCACUUUCAAGGCGUCUCCCAUGCUCGACUUGAUCAUGUGUAUGUUUCGACGAGUCUCUGGUCUAACAUUCACAACUACGCCGUGAAGCCUGUAUUUUUCACAGACCACUGUUUAGUAGCUGUUUCAUGGGGUCCCCGAAAAUUCCGCAGGUUUGCUCCAAACUGGGAACUGUGGAAACUUAACACACAACUUUUGCGAGAGGAAAGUUUUGUAAACAAAGUGAAAGAAUUAUGACUAGAAAUAACACAAUGUCAACAGCUUACUUUGUUUGCUCUAUGGGAAAUGUUCAAAAAUAGAGUAAAAAAUGAGGCGAUUGCCAUUUCAUGUGAGCUGUCUCAAAGAAAAAAAGCUGAAAAGCAUUACCUUCAUGAUCUACUUCACAAGCUGCACGCUUUCGAAAGCCAGGAACCAGGGUUGUAUAGCGAUGAAAUAAACACAGUUCGCGCACAAGUACAGAAAUAUGAGACGGAAGUGUACAAAGGAGCAAUGGUUCGUUCACGCACAACUCGCUUCACAGAGGAACAGCCCACAAAAAGGGCUCUCGGUGAUGAGAAGCGAUACGCGCUUUCCAAGCAAAUAUUAGAAAUUGAGUCUGGUGGGUCUGUAUACACAGACACGCCCCAAAUAAUAAGCCUAUUUGAAGCUCACUAUAAAGAUCUUUUCGCUGCAGUUAAGCCUCAGAAUGGAUACGAAGAAAACGCUGAUCAGUUUAUUUCGCUUAUGCCACACUUAGAAGAAGAUGAUAGACUCAGCGUUGAUGGGCCAAUAACUCGAGAAGAAAUUAAUUUUGCCGUUGAAACGCUGCAGAGGAACAAGACGCCUGGUCCUGAUGGCCUUAGUGCUGAAUUUUAUAUAACCUCCUGAGUCCCCGCUAUGGGGAUUUGUCCAAUAUAUUGGACAUUAAGAAAUAAGACAGCACUUCUGUCAGAAGGCUUUCAUCCUCAUGAAACCGCACUGUCCAACUUAUUGGACACCUGCUUGCGCCAUCUAUGCAGCAUUGAUGAAAAUACAUCGUUCAAAUUCCUGCCGAAACAAUUCCACAAUGGCGGCAUUCAGCGGCGCGGCGUUUUACGGCAGCUGCCGGAGAAGUAAGCGCUGUUUCUAGUAUUUCUACCUGCUUUCAGGGCAUAUCUUUGAUUUUAUAAUAAAGUUAAUACAACAGCAUAAGCGCAGAAUACGAAAUUUAAAUUUUUGGCGCGCGUACUUUUUUUCACGAUUCCUUUGAUUUCGCGUGUCCAUUAUGUUGGACGCUAGGACUCAACCCGGUUAUUUAGACCGCGCUUUUGAGAUGGCCUUGUUAUGAACAGCAGGCGAGUACU